AUGUCAAAGAGGACAGUAUUCACAACAAUCAGCCCCCUACCACCGGGCAUCACCCGAGAAGCGGUCCUCGACUUCCUGAAGGACCACCUGGGCAUGAUCGACCUGAACCCGCUGAUCAAGGAGCGCCAUCCCAUCAAGCCGCCUCCGGAGGCGGAGCCGGAGGAGGUCCACUGCACUUGGUACUCGCUGACGGACGAGAUCACCUACCUGCCCGGCGGGCUGGCGACGGGCGACGUCAGCUACACCUGCGCCUUCUACGACCUGCCCAACGGCAUCCAGACGCACUGCCGCGCGCCGCUGGGCGUCGACAUCCGCGCCAAAUGGAGCCUCAACGGCACCCUGCCCGGGGAGCCGCUGCAGCCCGUCGAGCUGGGCAUUGGCGCGCCGCAGACGGGGCUGUAUAUCCGCGAGGACGUCGACCUGCGGUGCAAUCUGCUCAUGGCGGGCUUCGUCAAGAAGAACCUCAAGAAGUCUCACGGCGUCCUGAUCGACCGCCUGGUGUCCAAGGCGCGGCUCAAUGCCCGCAACGGCUCCGGCGACCACCAGCAGCGCGACCGCCUAAGCACAGGGGAGAAGCCGUCGUCAUUGCGAUCAUGGAGCCCGGCGCGACCUCCGCCGUCACAACCUCUCGGGUGGCCGCCAGCGACACAGGACAGCGCGGCUACGCCGCCGCGUAGGACGAGCCCUGCGCGGUAUCCGCCAGCGUACACACCGUCCGGCCGAUACCCGAGUCCUCACCAGAGGGACAUGCACAAUCAGCUGCAUCUGUACCAAGCUAACGGCCAUGAUCACGUUGUCCCUCACCAGCAAGGACACGGACAGUAUGACUCCGCGCCCGUCUCCCAAAGGUCAAGCCCUGCACCGCCGUACACCCUCCCCACGCCUACGAACCGUGACCCAUCCCUCUAUCCCAAUCCCCUACGGCUGCGCAACUCAUCAACCAGCUCCGCAGGCAGCCAAAGGGAUAUCAGCGCUCAACCGUCUUGGAACCAAGACAGCAGCAUCAGCAGCCACCACCACCAGCACUCGAGGAGCGCCAGCACGCAAAGCCAGCCGCACGCAGACUACCCCGAGAUGAACCCCUACUCCGACGGCGCAGGAGAGGACACCACGCCGCAGGAGCAGAAGCAGCCGCAGCCGCCCGUGUUCAUCGCGGAGCUGAGCGGGCACGAUCCGCGCGACGUCAUCUACCGGGCGGGCUUCAGGCCAGACGAGCUGGCGGAUCACCCGGCGUCGCUGCGGCCUGGGACCAACAGCAGCAGGAUGGCGGGGACGCUGAGUGGGCCGUUCGUCGCCGAGCUGGAAUGA